GCGCGUGUGGGAGGAGGAGGGGGUUGAGGUUUGUGGCUUCGACAUGGGAUGGGUGGAUGAUGGAUCAGAGGCACAGAACUCGCACUCGCGGCGUUAUCGAGGCGCUCGCCACCGCUGCGCGCAGAGCCGUGCCGUGUGGCGGAGCAGAGCGCCUUCGCCGCGUGUGUGUGUAGGGAUGCCGUGGAGCGUCUUCGUGUCACAAGCCUGCGAGCCGCCCCGGUGUUAAUGAAAGAAGAAACGCGGACGUUGGGGAGUUAAUUAUCCACUGCGCGAGUCUUCUUUGAUUAUUUCUGUUACCUCGAGCCAAAACAAGGCAAACUCUCGUCACAUUUCCCUCGAGUUCUCUCUCUCUCUCUCUGCGCCCUCAAUUAAACGUUGGGGCCAUAAAGUUCACGCGGAGGCCACGCUUGUGUAUGUGUGUGAGAGAGAGAGAGAAAACAACACACACGCAUUUAUUUUUGAAGGCUCAGCCCAUUGAUCUAGCAGCUGUCGGAGGACAUGAAUCGGAGAGGUGCGUCUCGUCUGGCUCUCAUCACCGCCAGCGUCAAAUUGGGCAGCAUCACCCUCGCCGUCCUUGCCAUGUGCACACCCUCCGGCCUCGCCGGGCUCGUCGUGCCAGAGGGGCUCACAGGGAAUGGAAGUCUCUGCUCCUCAGAAGGUGGCCUCUGUACGGGAGCAGGCAUGAGCGCCGGCCGGGCCGACUGCUCCCAGGCGCGCUGCCCCGUGCGCUUCUCCACGCGCUGCCCGCCCGACUCGCUGCUCGUCGAAGGCACCAUGCCCCCCGACGGCUGCUGCCCGCUGCCCAGCCGCUGCGAGUGCCGCCCGCGGGAGCGGUGCCCCCCGGCCGUGUGCUCGCCGGGCGCGGCGCCCGCGCGACUCGCGCCUGCCGAUGGCACCCCGGGCCGCUGCUGCGAGCUCUACGAGUGCCGGAGAGACGUCGGAGGCAGCGUGGAGAAGCCGGGCCCCGCCGGGUGCCUGGCGGGCGGCAAGAUGCGCGCGGAGGGCUCCCGCUGGCGCGAGGACGCCUGCACCAAGUGCCGAUGCGUCGGCGGGAGCGAGCAGUGCGUCACGCAGGCGUGCGGGCAGCACUGCGAGAAGGGCGCCCGCGUCCCCGGCGAGUGCUGCCUGCGCUGUCCAGGGCCAGAGGAGUCAUCAUCGGUGACCGCUUUGCCCCUGACCUGCGACCCUCUGACCUGUAACCUCACGGAGGAGAGCUGCCCCUACGGCUUCCAGCUGGACGAGAAAGGCUGCCGCUCGUGUGGCUGCAAGACGAGGCACGAGUUCUGCAAGGUGCUGCUGGCGGGCUGCUCGCUCGAGUGCCCGUUUGGACGCCGCCUGGGCCCCCACGGCUGUGAGAUGUGCCGCUGUCGCCCCAAGCCCAAGCGCUGUCGCCCACUCGUGUGCUCCAAGGCCUGUCCCCAUGGGUACAUACGGACGCGGCACGGCUGCGAGACGUGCCGCUGUGUGCGCUGUGCGGCGCUUUCCUGCGACAAGAAGUGUGCCCACGGCUACGAGCUCAACGGCAAGGGCUGCCCCACCUGCAAGUGCCGAGCGCUGUCCUCCGAGGGCCCCGUGCCUCCGUUCUGCCUCUCGGGAGACGGGCGACGCUACCGGCACGGCGACGAUUGGCACGACGGCUGCCGCUCGUGCACGUGCCUGGCGGGGCGAGAAAUGUGCACGCUGCUCACCUGCGCGCUGCCCCGCUGCGCUGCCCCGACGAUGCCCGCGGGCGCCUGCUGCCCCACCUGCCCCGGCCAGAGGAUGGUGGCGGACCUGGCACCGCAGCCCAAGGACCCCGCGGUGUGCGUCACCCCUGCGGGGCUGCUCGUGUCGGGCGGGGAGACGUUCCGUCUCGACGGCUGCACGCGCUGCCUGUGCCGAGCCGGCAGGGUUCUGUGCGACGCCGAGGUGUGCCCCCCGCUGCCCUGCCAGGACGCCGUAAGGACACCAGGAUCCUGCUGCCCCCUGUGCCCCCCAGCGGCCGUCGCCGCGACUCCCACGAGCAACGCGUCGCACGGGGGAGUCAACAACAACAACAACAGCGACGAGUCGCACGGGGGAGUCAACAACAACAACAACAGCGACGAGUCUCCGCCGGCGUUGUGCCGCUCCAGCUCGGGCGCCAUGUUCCUGGCGGGAGAGGCGUGGAAGCGUGACGCGUGCACGAGCUGCGCAUGCGCCGCGGGCGAGGUCACGUGCCACGCGCCGCGCUGCCCGCCCGCCGCGUGCCCGCGCCCCGUGCUGCGCAAGGGGCAAUGCUGCCCCUACUGCCCGCGCAACCCCUCGCUGAGCAACGUUCCGAGAAUCCCCGGCAACAAAUUGGACAAUGAGAUUGAAGUGCGGGUCCCUCUAGGAGAGCAGAACGAGAGGGUGCAAGAGGCCGAGCAAAACCACAUCCCAGAAGCGAGGCGCAAGGGGGCUGCUGCUGCUGCUGCCGCCGCCCUGGGCGACGGCUCCGUCUCUGCAAGCGGCUCACGCGACGGUCCGACCGCCUCCAGCGGCGGUGGCGGCGUGGCCGGCGGAGUCGCCUGGGGGCUGGCGGUGUCCGCCGUCUCGUCGGCCGCUCUCGCCGUCCUCCUCUACCUCAACCGCAAGAACCGCUGGCUCAACCUGCCCUGCUCCUUGGCCAAGGAGGUUCAGGAGCAGUCGGUGUCUCUGGGCGCGUGCUCCGGCGUCGCCAAGGUGCAGGAGGGCGGCGCGCACGCGGCCACGGAGGCGCUGGCGGACGCACGCCCCAACAAGCGCUCGCCCAACGCCGUCGUAGCCUCGGCCAGCAUCGUGCUGGAGAGCACCGAGACGCUGGAGCAGCCCUAGCUUAGCUGCGGAUAGAGCACGGCGCGUUGCGCACUCCGCCACUCGCCCCGUCCACAGGAAGCGAGAUCUCCGAUGUCGUUUUUUUGGUUGUUACCCAGGGCCGGCACUAGGAAGCGUGCUGGGGGGCUGGGGCACUGCACCACCAAUCGUUACCGUUGGCCUUCCAGACAAGUUGAUUCUCUUUAGCGGUGCAUCUCUGUCAUGCCCCCCCCCCCACACACAACAGUACUACUGCCCCCCCCCCCUGUCUAAGGAGCUGGAGUCAGACGGGCCUGGCCGUAACGCGUGUUGUUCGGCAUGGUGUCCGAUGUGUCAGCUCCGUGAACCAGAAGAAGUUUCUGAAUUCACUCAUGCAAUUGAUAAAAAAAUUGAUAUGAAUUGAGUUCCUGAAAUAUACGUUAUACACUUUCGCUGUACUGCAUUACCCGUGCCCCUGGGUAUUUGUGGAGACAUUUCUUACGUAUACCGUCAUGCAACCCAGAAGCAUUUGUGUAGUGUGCCAAACUCUGCUGAUGAGUCUUGGAGAAGUUGAAACCGGUUUCUGAAUUCGGGAGCUUCUUCGGAAUAUAAAUGCAGUUCAUGAAUUCCGUUCCUGUAGAAGCUCCCAGCACGUGGAGUGAGAAACAUUAGGGGUCGUGACAUAGAUGCAGUGCAACACGAAGUACACAUUGGAGUUAUACAGGACAGCUGUAAAAACCUACGCAUGGAGGCUAACAUUCACAGAAAUGUUCAAAUGUGCCAUGAAAAACAAUACUUGCAGUUGUCAUUUUUUUAAAUAUAUAAAACAAAAUAAAAUAAAUGGACCAACAUACAAAAGAAAACCUUAUACAACUAAACCCUGUAUAUCACUGCAUUCCGUAACGACUAACCAAUUUUCAUUUAGGCUACAACUUUACAAAUGGGACGAGAAAAAGAUAAAUGAGACGAUGAACACACCAGUCAAAAAAAAUAUCAGAUUCUUGAAUUAAAGCACGAUCCACCGCCCCAAAUCCCCAUAAUUCAUCGAAUCGCCGAGGCAUGAUUCGUUACAACACCUAGUUACCUACGGCUAGCAUUCUCUCAAUCAAAAUAAAAAAAAUCCCCUUC